CGCUAUGGAAAGAUAAGUUACCUCGACAAGCUGACAAAAAGAUCUAUUUUCGACUGUUGGCCUUUUUGAGAUCUGGAAUAGAAUAUUCCAGCAUUUGCGCAGCUUCCCAUCCCCCGACCGUUUUUGCCCUUCGCACUCGCCCCUCCGCAUUUACCAGCUACUGCUUGCUUCUAGGCCCGGGGGAGUUUCUGCCCUCCUAGAACCAGGCGCUGAAAUACACAGUGGGGCUAUUAUCGUCACGGCUGACUAGCAGCGCGCUACACCCUUCCCCUCAAUUCAAUGCCCAGAGACCGAAUUUAAAUCUCAUCGACUUGGAUAUUGAUUCUAAUUUAGUUAUCUACAAUACUCUGUAAAAGUCGGAUGACUUCGCUUGGCCGGUCAAUCGGCCUAUGCGGGUGGGUGUAUUUCGUAGUUAUUCGCAGGGGAAGAUGAGAGACGGAAUAAUCGUCAUCUGAAUGUGCAUCCUGUGCUCCGAAUGUAAAUUCUCGCGUGCGAGACUCAACAAGGCUGGUCAGACUUAAUCUCCCACAGCUCUGCACGCAAAGGGAGUCCCCAUAUGCACGGGUCAACAGUCGAGGGAGCUAAUCGACAGGCGGUUGCAUACAUUCUGCGAUGCUUGUUGCUGUCCCUUCCGUCGUCUCACUUGAUCGGUUAUGUGGUUCAUGUCCCUGCUACGCGGGACGGUCAUUAUGUAAGAUGGCCUUCCAUGUGACUGGCUCGCGCGUCCUCCACAAACAUUCAUUUCACCCCGACGCGUUCCAACGGGUAAUCCUGCGCGUCAAUGACCAGGCAUGUCAUCGCACGUUUUCGUUCAACGUUCGCAAUCCCAAGAUGACAUCGUCUAUCAUGUGUAUAUUCCCUUCUAAUUCCCCCGGCCCCCGUCUCCCUUCGCCCGCCUCGUCCGCAGAUCGAACUGAUGCGUGUCCUCAAACGAGCCAGAGCAAAGGCGGGGAGCAAAGGAUGCUGUCCAAGGGACUCAGACCGCCGGACGGCCAGGAAGGCGCCUGACGGCGGUAGACCGCGUCUGACCAGAACUCCUUCAACUUCAAACACCUUUCAAUACUGCCCUGUUACACGAGAGACGGCCAAGCGUAAGGCUGGCGAUCAGCUGGGGCGGGGUUCACCUCUGGUAACGCCGUGCUUUGCAGGCCCUGUGAGAAAAGUCGAUAUCGGACACGAUUUCCGGUCGCACAAUUUCAGAAUUUGUGACAGCGAUCUCGACAUCCGCUGGGGAUCAUUCGAAAUGCCUGCAGUCUGGUACUCGGGUGCCGGGUGCGAACCGCCCGCACAACGAGCUGUCACACCGGACUGUCCGCGCGAUGCGCUUGCCCGAACGAGGAUGACCGUUUGCACUCAGACAUGGGUAACCACGAUCUUGAUCGCCCCACAUAAAAUGACUCCUAGUCCACAGUCUGGACUGUUGGCUGCAUCCACUCUCGCACCGCAAUCGCAACAUGAACUGGCGAGACGGGAUUUGGUUAUGGGUCUUGUGCAAGCUUGGAGUGCACGCUCCCCUGGCCGCGAGGUAUGCGCACUUUCUGGAACGAGGCUCAGAGCACUCGCUGACAGCCAGCCUUCCGUACCCAGCGUCCCGGACCAAGAGGGCCGUAUCAACCAGCGACGCGUCACAUCCGUGCCACGGGUCCCUGAUCCCAGGGUCGGCUUGGCCCAAUCUCGGUCCCGCGGAGGCGCUAGUGCACCGGUCUCGUCGGCUCCACCGUCUGGCCGGUUACGAUGCCAACGUUGCGGUGGCACGCGUUCGCGGACCUACCAUUGCCGACACUUCCGCGAUCCAAUAGCGUCUCCCGCGAUAGGAGUCUGUUCUCGCCGUCGGACGGGCUGCGCAGACGCGAACACGCCGAAGGAGCGGAAUGCUGGGAGCAGUGAUACUAUGGAGCGUUCGGUCGCGGAAUUACCUGGCUGGGGCCGUGCAUAGGACCCGAGGUGAGCGCAGCCACGUGAGGAAUCGGCGUCGACUGGGUUAGCAUGAGUGUAGGGGUAAAAACGUGCAGAGAAAACCUGGUAGUCCAAUCGAACUUGCACGGGAGCUCGUCAAACAAGGGACCAUUGGUAGAUCGGUCAGCUGGAAUGACCACGGCCUUCAGCGAUUCUGGCGGCGAUCCAUUGGAGGUGGUUUCUGGAUGGUCCGGUAGUGGCCACCGUUGUGUCAAUGUCCAACCACUGAUGAUACGGCUCGACAUCAAGAUCUAGGAGCCGGAGGUCAUCGCUCAGCUUGGGCUGAACGAUGGCCUUGACCUGGUUACGGAUCGACUGUCGAGCACAGAGUGGAGUCAGUGAUCCGUUAGCAUGGCUUCAUCGGACGCAUCAGCUUUUCCCAAACCUCGAAGAGGGUUCAUACCGCCGACCAACAUACUCCCCCGACGUGUAUUCAGGGACGUCUUUAUCGUCUCUGCCACAUCCACAGUCCCUUUCAUGAAUCGAACCUUCGUUC